AACAGACAGAUUUCAAUCUCCAACAAUCUAUUGAGAAUAAACUACAUUCUAUGCAGUAUAUGAGUACUCUGACAAAAUCAAGAUACUAACUAGGGAAAUAUCUUCAUGACACAGGAGACAACACCAUCAGAUCUGAGCAAGUCAAAAAAAGAAUAAUGAGUGAGGUUUAUAAGGUCUCAUCCAGUGAGAAGAUCCAGUUCUUGGAGAACGAGUUGGCUUCCCAGCUAGCUGAAUUAAAGACCGAAAUAGAGGAGAAUGGGGUGCUGCAUGGUACUCCGGGUCGAGCCUACAGCUCUGUUCCGAGACCAAAGGACAUUCUUUAUUUCAGAAGAGAGAGGGAGUUGGUCUUAAAAAGGACAUUACAGGUGGCAGGGUCCAGACCCAUAGUAAUUCAGGCUGAAACCAUGGAAAGAGAGCUGGAGAGCUGUCUGAGGAGGGAAUACACUGCAGAAAACCUUCCUCUUUUGCUUCACCAGUUUUACACAGACAGAAUCCAUCAGUUGCUUCGAAGCAAAUAUUUGCAUUUGCUAAGGUGGAAACGAUUUUGUCAACACACUAACAUCAUGGAACAAAGCUAUUCUUAUUACAAGAAACAAAUACAUUUGAUCAUGCUGGAAUACAAUGACUCACUUCAAAGGGCACAGAGGCUGUCAGUAGCAAGAGAACAUAUGAUAACAGGACAAAAGAAUUCACUUUAUUUAGUGACCGUGGAGGACCUUGUUAUUUACCUGCAGUGGUUAAUUUGUCACCUGCACUCAGUGAAGCACAUACAUAGAUAUAUCCAGACCCUCCAGUAUUUACCAAUCUCUGAGCAUGCUGAGGCUGUGAUUGAAGCACACAGGAAGGAUUUGGAAAGCCAGCCCAAGCAUCUUGCUAGAUUUGGAUCUGUCAAUUCAAGUCCCCAGUUCAGCACAGAACUCAAUGGACACUCUGAAGACACAUUACUUCCACAGCACCAAACAGAAACCGAAACAUUAAAGCCCCUCCUGCAGCAAUUGCUGUCUUCAUUUAAAAUUGACCAUGAAGUUGAGAAGCUGAAGAAUACAGCCAAUGAGAUGGAGCUUCUCUCUGUGGUGGUCACCAAAUUCAGAAAUAUAUUUAGCAAGCAGCAGACCAUGAGAACAUUUCCUGUUUAUGAUUCUGGAUUGGAAUCGGUUGACAAAUGGGGAUUCCGAGGCCCAACUAUGGCUUUAAAAAAGACUGCAAACUGGAUUCCAUUUGUAAAGGUUAAACCCAGACCAGACCCGAGGCAGCAGAAUUAUUUAAGAAAAUUAAAACAGCACAAAAAAGUGGAUGAAUUAUUGCGUCUCCAGUCACAGUUUUUAGAAAUUUCAAAUGCUGAGAAAGUAAUGGAAACACUGCAGGAGCAUGCAGCACGGGUACUGGAGCCUUCGCCUGUGCACGGAGUGACAGGCACCAGUAGCUAUGAGAUGUGGGUGAGAAUAUACUGCCCGCCAGACCUUUCACAGGAUAUAGGUGAAAGCUUGUCACCGUGGCAGACUAGUGAAAAAAGUCCUGACACUGCAAAUUCCAGCAAGCGCCCCAUAUCUUCUAGACAAAAGAAAGAAACCGGGUACAACUAUCAAAGCGCUUUGCAGAUACUGGGAUUAGAGGAGGCAGAAGAUAAUAGGAAUGAUCCUGUAAUGAUGAAAGGAGCGUACUUGUCUCUUCUCUAUCUGCGUCAUUUGAGAAUACGAGAAUUGCAGCGGACCUGCCUUGGUUUCCUAAACUAUUUCCGAUCUAUUCAGAGAACUUUAACCAUCGAUACUUGCUGUCUCACUGGAAAUGGUACCAGCCUGGCAUCCAUCGCUGGGGAAGAAGCCCCCUGGGUCAGUGCUGCUCAGGGUGGUUCGGGCAUGCCAGGGGGUCUUGGAUCUCAUCAUUAUGUUCAUCAUACCCCAGCAGAUUUCAAGGUGCAGAGUUCGCAAUUCAUGGAGUUUUCUGAGAUGGAGAAUCAUGAUGACUUUUACUCAGUAGAGGAUGGAAUUAUUCACACUCAAGAUCAGAGAGGGGCAUUUGUUAUGUAUGAUAUUGCUCUACAAGAUUUGAAGGAUAUAGAAGAGCAGCUACUGCUAAUGACCACUCACGUCGUUGAGAACGAUAAAAGUUUUGAACUGGGUAAAAAGGAAAUGGGAACUUUGGACCUUUCAGACUGGGCACAUGUCAACAUUGACCGCACUGCAAUGCUACUGGACCUGUGGACCUGGGAAUCUGCUCUGCUAGAAAAUAAACAACAGCUUCUAGAUAGUUACUACGAGGCUUACCAGCAUGUCCUUGAUCCAGAGGAAAGAUUUGCUUUGGUUCAGGUUAUUACAGACAUCAUGUUCAGACGUCCACGUUUUGAUAUUGGAUCCAAUUACUUCUUGAUGGCUUACAGAGAUGAGUGCCAAUGUCUAAAUCUUCACCAGCAGCUUGUGAGAAACAUUCUGAACAGCCAGAUAGACAGUCAGAGGGAGUUUGUCCAGAAGAUUUGGCGAGAUGGUCAGAAGGGAAGUGUUUACGAAUUUGGACGUCCUCUUAAUAUUAGUAAUGAACCACUUGUCUCACUAAACACCAGCAGUCCUGCUUUGAAGAAAGUCCAUCUUUUGGAGUUCCAUCCAUCUUUGGGAUUAGCUUACCUUGUUGCCAAAGGUUUGGACCAUAUCUAUCAAGAGUUUGAGCAUAUCUCCCAAGCUGGAACAUCCAUUCAUGCUUCCAGUCUGGAAAAGCACAUCCUGCAGUUAGCGCUGGACACAUGGAUGUCCACAAGAGAUCACAAGUCAACAUUCGGUGCAAACAUCCAGAAAGAUCUGUUUGAAGAGGCGUUUGUGGAAGACCCCGGAAUGGUUUCAGAUCUGUGUCUUUCUACUUUGGAAGCAGCAGAAGAAGAAAAGAAGCAUGGCCGAGGCAAACAGGUCUUUGUCCUGGAGAUAUUUUCCAAAAUAUUGGAACUUGUCACUACUCGACAUAGAAUAAUUGAGGCUUCGUUUGAAACAGCAGUGCUCUCCAGGACGUAUAAGAUGUUUGCGGAAGAGAUGGGAUUUAAUGAGUUCCACCUCCAUCUGAGACCAGUACACUUUGAGUUUGCCUCACACAAGAGGCCGGUAGAACAACAUCCUCCUAUGUUUAUCACCUCUCUUCUGGAGGACGACAGUUCUGUGGACAGGUAUACACCAUCAACACAACUUCUUGCAAUUCAUGAAAUUGAUGAUAAUCAGAUAGGGAAGUUUAGCUUCUGGACAAAGGAUGGUAUAUUGCAGCUCUUGAAUAAAUCUGGGGUAGAAAACUUGCAAGUGAUUCUCGCCUGUCAAGUCAGCCAGAAAAAUGUUCUUAUAGCUGCAGUCCAGCUAGCAGCGUUCUGUCAAAGGACUUCUUGCCUUCUGCAAAAUGAAGAUAUCAAGGAUGGCUGCUUAGAGAAACAAAAACAGACUAGUUUGACAGAGAAGAAUUUUCCAUCCUGGUCAUUAGUUGAAAGUAGAAAAUCAUUAGCACCAAUGCCCGAUAGCAGCGGAGAGCCCUUUCAAGGACAACGGAACAAGAAAAGGCUUCCCGAAGCGUUUGUGUCGAUCCAACUGGAAAAACUGGGGCCACGAGAUACAAUGCUGAAUACGUUCCUUCAAAAGAAAGAAGCAAUGGGUACUGUGAUGAGAAAUGCUGAAGAAGCGGAAAAAAUUAAAAGAGAGCUCAUAACAGAGUACUGUCAAAAGUUACAAAGACGAGCAUCCAUCUAUUCCCUGCGUGGACAGAUCAUUGCCUAUUUUAACAGCAUAAACAAUCUCUUGGAUGAAUUUCCUAUAUUCAGGAAAACCUAUUUUGUCACUGGACAUGCUCAAGGAACAAAGUCAGUUUCAAAAGAAGCUCUUCAGCCAGAUCCCAGAACUUUUCAAGAGCGCCCACAUAGUCUGUUAACUGAGGAUGGACGACUGUUCCUUAAUUUGUGGUAUAUUCCCCACUCUUCUGAAGUACUUGUCAUGUUUAAGAUGUUGCCUGAGAAGGACGCCUUCCGUGCACUCUCCCAAACGCUUGAGAUUGUAGCUGCCAUGCAUGAUAUUAUUUCUUACAUAUUUAGCUUUGCUCAGUUGGGAAAUUCAUACAUCACUCAGACGUUGACAGCAGAUUGGGGAGGCACAGAAGGCAUAGGAGCUGAGCUGCGGGAUAUUCAGAAGUUGAUUGAUGGUCUCCAUAACCCCCAAGAUCCCAAAGAAGUCGCCAAAUUAUUGCUUCUGAGGCGUGAAGUUUUGUUUCUGCAGUUUGACGCAGCAGUGCGCCAUUUGAUUCGGUAUACAUUCUUGUCUUCUGGAAAUGUUUCUGCCUUUAGGACAACAACGGACAAUAUGUACCACGGGCUGCCAGCCUUAAGUAACUCUGUAGCCAGAUGUGCAUUCUCCUCGCAGUUGCCAAUACCGCAACCUCUUGAUCCGCGUGGCCACAGAACAUUCAUGCUUUACCCUUGGAGGACGUUUCUAGCUGAUGGCGGAUUGUUUCCACUGACCAUAAACAAGCUACAUACCAUUGGAUACUUUAUGCGGAUGUGCCUGUGUGACAUGACAGACCAGGAACGUACUGUAGCUCACGGAGAGCUAGUUGGGGUCCACCUAUUAAUGGAAGAUAUCCUUCAGGAUAACUAUAACUUCAUCUCGUUUACAGUUGAGGGAGACAUGGAAUCCAGACAGAUAGUUCCUGAAGGAUUAGGUGACAAGCAGCAAGAAUUGUCCAGAAAAUCAUCUAAACAACAGCUGUUUGUACCUCAUGACCCCAUCUCUGCAUACAAGAUGUUAAGAGCUUUUCUCAUUCUUUGGAAGCAGCUGGAGCUCUGUAAAGACAAGUGGGGCAAACUGAAACUACAGGUAGAAGAGAUAGACACUCUCCCUCUCUACAGACAGUUCUGUGAACAAUACAGGGAUGAAAUCUUUUAUCCGACCAUGAAAAACAUUGCCAGACAGAUGGGGAAAGAAAAAGAAUAUGAAGGCCUCACUCUAAGGACACAGACUGUACUUCCUCCAGAAGGGGCAUCAGAGGUUGAGAUCCGUAUUCGACAGCUCCAGAAACUUUUGGAAAGCUUUGAAAGCCAUAUGAUCCGUGAAGUACAAAAGAAAAUUGGCAAAGAGAUAACAAUGGUAAUUUCAGAAAGAGCAAGAGAAGAAAGAGGACUUCCCACAGAACUUUGGAAACAACCUGUCAUGAAAGAAAACUUUUCCCCUGUGAGACCUCAGAUCGUUGAACAUUUUGUGCAGAAGCUUAUGAGUGAACAGCAGGACAGUAAUUCACAGGUGACUUUCAAUAAAGAGCAUUUAGAGGCGUGCCUGACAUCAUUAGCAUGUGACAUCAUGGCCAGAGAGCAAAGCAACUUUGAAUCUUACUCUAUGUUUUAUGAACAUCUUCUUCAGCAAAAGCAUCAGUUGUUGUAUCAGAAGGAGCAGGAAUUGCUAGAACUCCAUGGGGAUCAGAAGGAAGUGGAAACAAACUAUAGUAAGACAGCUGAGCUGAGCCAUGACCUGAUUAUUGAAAUAACAGCCCUCAGAGCUAGGAUUUUAGAUCUCGAAGAGCAAACUCUAACCAUGAAAGAGACCAUCAAAAAGGACGUACAGGGUGAAUAUGAAGGCCUUGUAAGGACUCUCUUUGCUGCAUGUGUAAACCUAAAGUGUAAACUUGAUGAAUAUCAUAUUAAUAUGAACAGACAAGUAGAGACACUAAUCAGUGAAGUUAGGAAAGAAGGAAUAGAUGACAUGAUCCUGCUGAAGAAAAAAUAUGGUUCCAGGAAAGAUGACAAUGAUCUGAGAAAUACUUUGGCCAUGCAAGACAAGUUACAGGAUCUCAGAGAUGAGAACAGCACAUUGCGAUCAUUAGUUUGUAAGCUGAAAGCUUUAAAUCACUGGAAAAUAAUAGCCAAAGAAGGGCGACUACGUGGGAAGCUCAGAAAGUCUGAAAAGGAGGCUAUCCAAAACAAAAAGGAUGGGCUGAAGUUAAAGAUGACAGUGGAGAAAGAAGUGAGCUUGCUCCGUCAGGAACUGACUGUUGCAAGGACAGCCCUUACAAGGACACAGGCUGAGAACAACAGAGUAAAACAACAGCUGGCCAAACAGAAACAGUUGCUGAAUGAAUCCGAACACAGAUACUCACAGGAGACAAGGAGCAAACAUCAACUUGAAAACAUAAAGUCGUCCAGUGUGGACAAAUUACUCGAAGACAUUGAACAGAAAGAAUAUCGGCUUCGAUCAUUGGCAGAGGAAGCCGAGAAGUCGUCAAAAAUUUGUCAGAUGCAGCAAAAUAAGACAAAGAAGGAAGUAAAGCAGAUAAAAUCACAGUUAAUGCAAGAACGGAACCUAAAACUGGAUGCCUUCCAACGAGUGGAUGAAUUACAGACUCAAGUAUAUGAUUUAGAAGUUUCCUGUUCCUUACAUACUUCUCCAACAGGAACAAGGAAGCCCUCUGUCUCUCUACUAUCCCGCAGUGUAAGAAGCAUUUCAACAGUGGCCUCAAAUGCCUCACCAGUGUGUCUUCAUUAUGACCCGGGUGCAUCUGUAGACUACCUUCACCGGUGUUUGCUAGAUGACACCAAACCAAGUAAGCCAGCAGAAAGACGGAUACAAAGGCCUAAAACUGCACCAAUCAGAUGCAUAAACAGAGGAACUGAACAAAGCUCUAGCACAUCCCAGACAGUUCUGAUGCAUCUUCAUGAGCUACGCCUGAAUGUAAAGUGAACAGAUUAAGGUUCUCUGCAAAUCACUGUAUACAUUGGAUUGUAUUCGGUCAAAGUUAUUUAAAAAGUGAGAAUUGUCAGUAAUUCAAAUUUAAAGGGACACUCCGGACCCCUAAAAACACUUCAGCUCACUUAAGUGCCAAAUCUGUGGAGUGUCU